AUGUCCGACAUCGAUGACGAUUUCAUGUGCGACGACGACGACGAUGAUUACGGAUUGGAAUACUCCGAAGACAGCAACUCGGAACCGGACGUGGAUCUGGAAAAUCAGUACUACAACAGCAAAGCGCUGAAGGAGGAAGCGCCCCAGGACGCGCUGAAAUCGUUCCAGAAGGUGCUGGACCUGGAGAACGGCGAGAAGGGCGAAUGGGGCUUCAAGGCGCUGAAACAGAUGAUCAAGCUAAACUUUAAGCUGCAAAACUACCAGGAAAUGAUGGCACGGUACAAGCAGCUGCUUACGUACAUCAAGAGUGCGGUCACCCGCAACCAUUCGGAGAAAUCGAUCAACUCUAUUCUGGAUUACAUUUCCACGUCGAAAAAUAUGGAGCUGUUGCAAAAUUUCUACGAAACCACGCUGGAAGCACUGAAGGACGCGAAGAACGAUCGGCUGUGGUUCAAGACGAACACCAAACUGGGCAAGCUUUACUUCGACCGGAACGAUUUCGGCAAGCUGCAGAAAAUCCUCAAACAGCUGCACCAAUCCUGCCAGACCGAUGACGGCGAGGACGAUCUGAAGAAGGGCACGCAGCUGCUGGAAAUUUACGCGCUCGAGAUCCAGAUGUACACGGUGCAGAAGAACAACAAAAAGCUGAAGGCACUGUACGAGCAGUCGCUGCACAUCAAGUCGGCCAUCCCGCACCCGCUGAUCAUGGGCGUGAUACGGGAGUGCGGCGGCAAGAUGCAUCUGCGCGAGGGCGAGUUCGAGAAGGCGCACACGGACUUUUUCGAGGCGUUCAAAAACUACGACGAGUCGGGCUCGUCGCGGCGAACGACCUGUCUCAAGUAUCUGGUGCUCGCGAACAUGCUGAUGAAGUCGGGCAUCAACCCGUUCGACUCGCAGGAGGCGAAACCGUACAAGAACGAUCCGGAGAUACUGGCGAUGACGAAUCUGGUGAUGGCGUACCAGAACAACGACAUCAUGGAGUUCGAGGCGAUCCUGCGCAACAAUCGGAACAACAUCAUGGCGGACCAGUUCAUCCGCGAGCACAUCGAGGACUUGCUGCGCAACAUCCGCACCCAGGUGCUGAUCAAGCUGAUCCGGCCGUACACGAAGAUCACGAUACCGUUCAUCUCGAGCGAGCUGAACAUCGAGCCGGCCGAGGUGGAAAGUUUGCUCGUGUCCUGCAUACUGGACAACACGAUUCAGGGUCGUAUCGAUCAGGUGAACCAGGUGCUGGAAUUGAACAAAGAGGCCCGCUGCGGCGAGCGGGACAUCGCGAUCGAGAAGCUGGCGACGCAGAUCAAUUCCGUGCAGGCGGCCAUUAUUAACAAGAUGGCCUGAAAUCCGGACGGCUGAGGCGACGGAACCAGCGGAACUGUGUAAACACUGUAAGGCAAUGUGGGUGGAGCAAGGAAGUGGAUCCCGCGGAGCAAUAAGACGAAGACGAAAUCUCGGACGACGGAGGCGCACGCAACGAAGACACGCAACAAGACACGCAAAAAAAAAGGAAAAGUGUCCGCGGCGAUGGAAAUCCGUGCUCAUGGUUUCUUUUGCGCUUAAUCGAAUUCACACUGUUUUAUUGAUGUUCCCUUUUUUCGAAGAGCAGCUGGCGGCACACAGCGGCAUGCGCGCAGGGCAACGAGUCGCGAGAUUUAAGGCACAAUAUUUUUGAAGUUAAAUGGUACGGUUGGAGUAUUACUCUUACGGUGGUAAUAAUCUAACCGACACCGGCUCGCACCACACGACAGGGAGAGAUGAGAGAGAGAGAGACAGAGAGACAGAGAGUUUGCUGGCAGAAACAAUAAUUGAAAGGAAUAAACCCCAUGCGGAUGGCGAUAUUGUUACAACAGCGUG